AGUUGUUGUCUUUUUGCUAAGGGUCUCAGACAUGGGUUUCUUUGCUAGUAACAAAGGUCAGCAGACAGCGCCUGCGCAGAAGCUCAACGCGUACAAUAUUAUCAUCCUCUUGCUGCUUGCGCCUGGAUCCAUCGCCUAUGGCUACUCUGCGGCCAUCAUCGCUACCACCUUAGGACAACCUUCCUUCAUCGAAUACUUUAGCCUCGCCACUCGGCCCAAUGCAACGUCACUUAUCGGUGCUACCAGUGGUUUGUUCUUCGCUGGCGGCACCAUCGGACCGCUCUUACUGCCAGUCAUCACUGAUCGGUGGGGCAGAAAAUGGGGUAUUGCAAUCUCAUAUGUCUUGAACGUGAUUGCGGCGGCAUUCAUGGCCGGCAGCACCAAUAUGGGCGAGUUCAUCUUCUUUCGAUUCAUCGCUGGUGCCAGCGCCUUCAUGAUACUAGGCGCAAUUCCUCUCUACAUGAACGAGAUAGUGCCCAGCCGCAUGCGUGGUGGUCUGGUCGAGUUGCAUGCUGUGUUCUUCAUCCUUGGCUUCGUUAUCGCAUCUUGGAUUGGCUUUGGAUUCUCCUUCUGGACGAGCGGUGGUUUGAAGGCGUGGCGAGUUCCUUUAGCCAUACAGGCUUUCUUUUCACUUACAGGUCUCACCUGUCUGGUCUUCAUCCCAGAGAGUCCUCGGUGGCUGGUGAUGAAUGACCGUCACGAUGAGGCCCAGAACAUUCUGCACAAACUACACGGUAGUGAGGACCAAGCCACAGAUACCUAUGCCCGCGCCGAAUUCUAUCAGAUUCAGAAACAAAUACGGGUGGACAAGACACUUGGCAACUCUUGGAUGCAUCUAUUGAAGAAACCAUCUUACAGAAAGCGAGUCUUGAUGGGCUGUGGUCUGACAUUCUUCAUUCAAUCGUCGGGAGAUCUGGUUAUCAACAACUACAGUCCUCUCCUCUACAAGGAUCUGGGCUACGGAGUGACCAAGCAGCUUCUAUAUCCUUCAGCCUGGUUGACCUUUACAUUAGGCAUCAGUGUCAUCGCAAUGCCUCUCAUAGACCGCUUCCCGCGCAACAAAAUGACUGCAGUGGGUCUAUGGGGCACUAUGAGUACAUUGAUUGUCGAGGCGGCGCUCGUGGCGAGUUUUGUGCCUUCGACAAACGAGAAUGCGUUGCGUGCUGCAGUGGCAAUGUUGUUCGUCUUCCAAAUCUUUGACACUGCUUGUCUAAACGGACCUGAAUGGGCAUAUUUGGGGGAGCUGUUCCCGACUCACAUUCGAUCCAAGGGCUACUGUGCAGCUAUGUCGAUCUUGGCGUUGAGCAACGUCGUAUAUACACAGGUUGCACCAACAGCAUUUGCAAAUAUUGGCUGGAAAUACUACCUCGUUUUCAUCAUCCUGACCUUUAUUGGUGGCUGUGUUGUAUGGAUAUACUAUCCCGACACAAGGGGAAAACCUUUAGAAGAAAUUGCUGCCCUCUUUGGUGAUGCAGAUGAAGUGGCCGUUUACCAGGAAGAGAUCGAGGUCAAUCAGACAGAGCUUACCAUCGUCGACCACCAUGAAGAUAAAGGCACGGUUGAGAUGCAUGAGGAUGCACUGAAAGCUGUCUGA